UCUAAGUGUACUGAUAUUGUCAGCUUGAUUUCCUGGUUCAUGACUAUGGAUUUACCCUUGACUUUGUAUGUCUGUUCCAUGCUUCCACUUCACACUUAAAUUAAUGAAUAAAUAAAGCAGUGGUUGGAGACAUACUGGCAUUUCAUUUGUUUGGAGCCUGCAUCAUUCAGGGCCUCUCAUGGACAUGGAGCUAAUAUAUAAAUAUAUCAGUAAGGAUCACUUGUUCUUGUAUGCUGUUGGUGCCCUUGUGCUGUUAUGGGCUUUGAUAUGGAUGUACCGUGACAGCCUGGCAGUCGACAAAAUUAAUGACAAGUAUGUGUUCGUCACCGGCUGUGAUUCAGGUUUUGGGAACCUGCUAUGUAAAAAACUAGACAAACGUGGAUUCCAUGUGUUGGCUGGUUGCUUGACGGAAAAAGGAGCAGAUGACCUAAAGAGAGUGACGGGACCUUAUCUGAAGACCUGCAUACUGGAUGUUACUAGCACUGCUAGUAUUCAGAAUGCUGUGCAAUUGACGAAGAAGGAGGUUGGAGACAGAGGUUUGUGGGGGAUUGUGAACAAUGCAGGCUGCUCCUUACCCAUGGGUCCAUCUGAGUGGAUGCAGAUCGAGGAUUUCCAGAGAACUCUAAAAGUCAACAUGACCGGUGUGAUUGAGACGACCAUGAAUUUUCUGCCACUAGUCAAGAAAGCCCAUGGACGAAUUGUUAAUGUGGCUUCAGUACUGGGCAGAGUGGCAGUAAACGGAGGUGGAUACUGCAUUUCCAAGUUUGCAGUGGAAUCCUUUUCUGAUUGCCUCAGGAGGGACAUUCAACAUUUUGGAAUAAAAGUAUGUAUAAUAGAACCUGGGUUCUUCAAGACCCAGGUGACAAGCCUGGACCCACUGGAACUGGAACUUCAUCGUCUGUGGAACCAACUGACGCCUGAAGUGAAAGAAAGCUAUGGAGAAAAAUAUCUGGAUAAGUACAUCAACACACAGAGAUUGAUUAUGAAUGCCAUAUGUGAUGCUGAUUUGAGUAAAGUGACCAACUGCAUGGAGCACGCUCUGUCUGCUGCACACCCAAGGACAAGAUACAGUCCUGGUUGGGAUGCCAAACUCCUCUGGAUCCCUCUCUCUUACAUGCCAGCUUGUGUUGUUGACAUUGCACUGAGAUUUGUGUUGCCACGGCCUGCCAAGAGUGUCUUAUAGAUCCAAAUUUAAAUUAACUAUAUCAAGUGUUCCUUCUCAAAAAGAAGAUUUAUUUGUAUCUACACUUUAUUUAAGUGUUACAAAAUACUGUUUAUGCCAGUGCAUAUUUUGUCUGCUUAAUUAAGUUGCUAUUGGGUGUUACUCUAUACUACAAGUGACAUAUUGAUUCCUUUAAAAAUGCGUUAGCUGCCAGUAAACCACAAACAUCUGACCAAAUAUUUUGUUUAUAACCACCUUGUGCCUGUAUUCUCACUAUAAUAUUAUUGACCCAGCAACAAAAAUAUUGUAAUCAAUAUUUAAUAAAUGUCUUUGGAACACCAAUGAUGUGAAUAAACCAAUUUAUAAAGUGAAUUUACACCAAUGUAUAAGUGUAAAUCAAUCAAAUCUAAUGACAAUCUUCUCAACAUCUCAAAGGUAAAAUUGUCAACUUUCAGUUAUUGGUUUAACAGUGUAUAUGGCAGUGUACUGUAUAACAUUUUCAUUCAAAACGAUUCAUACUUGAUAUACAAUUUAGAAUCAUUAUUUUUUGUCAGAUAAUGAUUAAAUAACCUUUAAGAACUAUGUCACAUAUCCGAUGGUUUAACUUUACUUAAUGUUUUAUAAGGUGAAAUAAUGUAAGAAUAAUAAUUUGGUUAGUGAAUACUAAUUUAAAUGAAUAUUUCUGCCAAAAAUCUACAAUUUAACCCAAAUAUAGUGAAUUAGUCUGGUCUAUUAACAUAAUAUGUUUUGUAUUGGACCUAUGGGCCUAAUGUUGCAUUGUGCAAACUGCAUGCAUAAUUCACUCGCUUUACACUGUCUCACUAUGUUAAUUAUAUCAGUAAGAUUUCGUUGUGGUUUUCCACACUGUAUUGAACACUGUGAUCAAUAAAACAAGACAGAAAUACAUGUAGAUCUUAAAAA